GGACUACAUGCCUAUGGAAAGCCCAGUCUAGAAGGAUGGAUCACAACGCUGACCAUUGCAUAAUCUUACUUGAAGACUGUUCUGCGAUGACCACAGCCAGGUACCGGCCCACCUGGGACCUGGCCCUCGACCCGCUGGUGUCCUGCAAGCUGUGCCUUGGGGAGUACCCAGCAGAGCAGAUGACAACCAUCGCCCAGUGCCAGUGUGUCUUCUGUACCCUGUGCCUGAAACAGUAUGUUGAGCUCUUAAUCAAAGAAGGCCUAGAAACUUCGAUUAGCUGCCCAGAUGCUGCAUGCCCGAAACAGGGCCACCUUCAGGAGAAUGAGAUUGAGUGUAUGGUUGCAGCUGAAAUUAUGCAAAGAUAUAAAAAGCUACAAUUUGAAAGAGAGGUGCUUUUUGACCCUUGCCGGACGUGGUGCCCAGCAUCCACCUGCCAAGCCGUGUGCCAACUCCAGGACAUAGGGAUUCAGACCCCCCAGCUGGUGCAGUGCAAAGCUUGCGACAUGGAAUUCUGCUCUGCUUGCAAAGCCCGCUGGCACCCUGGCCAAGGCUGCCCUGAUACCAUGCCAAUCACCUUCCUUCCUGGGAGACCAGAACUCUCACACCGUGUCUCCCACAGCUCUGCUUUCAAGAUGGAGGAGGGUGAUGCGCCCAUCAAGCGCUGCCCCAAGUGCAGGGUGUACAUCGAGCGGGAUGAGGGCUGUGCACAGAUGAUGUGUAAGAACUGCAAGCAUGCCUUCUGCUGGUACUGCCUGGAGUCUCUGGAUGAUGACUUCCUCCUGAUACAUUAUGACAAGGGGCCUUGUCGCAACAAGUUGGGCCACUCCCGGGCAUCAGUGAUCUGGCAUCGGACACAGGUGGUGGGAAUUUUUGCUGGAUUUGGGCUCCUGCUCUUAGUGGCGUCCCCUUUCUUGCUCCUGGCCACACCCUUUGUCCUUUGCUGCAAAUGUAAGUGCAGUAAAGGGGACGAUGACCCACUGCCCACCUAGAGGACUGCGUGAUGCUGGAACAGACGCUGCCUCGGGACAUGUGGUUCCCCUACCCCUCACCAACCCCUUUAUCACUAAGCAUGUUUCUUGCCUUAUGUGCCCCAUUGAGCUGCAGAGAUUUCAGGGAUGACCUUGGCAAGUGGGCAGAGGCUUUGGGUGUGGCCUCCGGGGUGUGGGGGAGGCAGAGUGCAAGUGGGUGGGGCUCAUCCCAGAGUCCUUCUGUGUCUGCAGACCUGGCCUGAGGUGGCAUCAGCUGCACCUGAGGCAGUUUUAUCCCCCCUGG